UGACAUCUAGUUAACGCCUCGCCAUUUUCAGCCACUGCUUUUUAUUGACUUGUACAUAAAUAUGCAAUAUUUUGGUGAGGUUUCGAAUUAGGUCAUAGCGAACCGAAAGAGCAAAUAUUGAAGAGAAAUAUACUGGACGACGUAUACUGAAUACAUCAAUCACAAAGAACUAAAAGAAAACCCCGGAAAGAGUUCACGGUCACUGACAAGCUACUCAGGGUAUAAUUGUUUAUAAUGAUAAAGACGUCAGGAGACAGCAAAAAGGACCUAUUUCAAGACUAAGAAUGGACCAAGGAAACCUCAAUAAUCUCACAAAUACAAGUUCAGUUGCCAGUGACAAUAAUGGCGCCAUUAUAAGUGUCAUUUAUUCUGUCUUGUACUCUAUCAUUGUCAUUAUUGGUAUUAUUGGUAAUGUUCUCGUUAUCAGUGUUGUUAAGCGAAAGCCUUCGAUGAGAACCACAACCAACCUUCUCCUUGCGAAUCUCAGCUUUGCGGAUCUUCUAACUAUAAUCUGGAGCAUCCCGGUGGAGAUAAUUGAGCGAUACGGCUUACCCAAAACCAGUUUUGGUUGGUUUUUGUGCAGAUUUCUAUCAAUUGGAGGUCUGAUCGUGAUAACUUUGAUAGUCAGUAUACUAUUAAUGACAGUAGUUGCCGUGGAAAGAUAUAAUGCCAUGGUUUUGCCAUUUCACCGCAAAAGACGUCUAAAGAAAAAGAAAAUAAUCUAUGUUGCUAUUCCCACAUGGCUGGCAGCGCUGCUGUGCUCAUUGCCUGUUUUUAUUUACACGGAACACGAUACAACAACAGAGUCGUGCACUCUGGACUGGAAUGAGAAUCAAGCAAUCGGAUACUACAUCUUUCUUUUCGUAUUUUUAUUUAUCCUUCCAUUAUUUAUUAUCUAUUAUUGCUAUUUUAGCAUAGUUGUUGAGUUAAAUCGACGGCAGAGACGAAAUGAAUCCAACCAAAAUCAUCAAGCUGACUUUUCAGCAAAGCGUAGAGUCAUUUGCACACUUGUUUGCGUCUCUGUGAUUUUCACAAUUUCGUUUGGUAUAUUUGCAUUUGAAAAAAUGUUCUACGAACUUGGAUUAGUUCCAAUUAACAAUGCUUUCUCUCAGCUUUCRUUCUUGUUUGUUUAUCUUCCAUCAGCUUCGAACCCUAUCAUUUACGUUUUUCAGAGUUCGAAUUAUAGAAAUGCCUUCAAGGAAAUGGCGUCAGAAUUACACAUGUCAAGACAUUCACUACAUGUAAAACCGCAUCGUUCAUCUUCGAAACAUCAUGAAACUAUAAUGUAAAAUGACUACUCAUAAAUAGAAAUAAAACCACUUCUGUAAACAAUGUGUUUGCUAAGCUGUGUUUUUCACUUGUGGUACGAGAUGAUGUUUUUUUAGCAGGUGCAUUAGACAGGAUAUCACUUGCGUGACUUGUCACGUAUCUAUGUGGAAUUGCCAUUAUGUGA